CUUAGCUCCCUCUGUUGGAUUGAGGUUGACCCUUCCCUUCCCCUUAUUCUCUAUUUCUCUCUCUCUCUCUUUACUUUACCUUUCUUCCUUAUUCAUCACAAUUUUUGUUUUUUUUAAUAUUUUUUUUAACCAUCCAUCCAUUAACACCAUACCUGUUCAUUUCACAUUUGCUUUCCCUUUACUGUUUCUCUCUCUCUCUCUUUCUCUGGUUUCCUUCAUUGCAAACCAAGCUUCCUUUCCAGCUUGUUCUGGUCCUGCCCUCAGACACAAUGCUACCCACCAACCAUUUUACCACAUUUACUCUUUCUCUUCUCUAAAAUUAGUAAAAUUCUCCCAUUUUCUCUCUCUCCCUCUGCGUUUUUCCCAUCAAAAUAAGAUUUUUGUGUGGCAUUCCCUUCCAUUUUCUUUUUCUGUGAUUAUUUUUUCUUCCUUUUUCUAUUUUUGUUCAAGUGUGGCCCACUUGUUACCUACUGGUGUGCCACUACAUCUUUUGCAGCAUCUGGAUUUUGCUGUAGGGUAUGUGUGUUGCUGAGCCUCAGGUAUUCUUGUACCUAGCUUUGCACAUUGAGUCUCUUGUCGGUUCAAAAUGAGAUGUGAAACUUGUUGCUUCUUUGGGUAGAAGAUCCAGGAGUCUAGCUUCCUUGGAUCACCACAAAGAACUGAAAUGUUGGCUGUAAAUUAGAAUGCUCAGAUGUGUGUUUCAAAGAAUUGAGUAAAAGGAGUACUUAACUGAAUUCGUGUACUCGGGUGGGAAUGUCCUGGUUCUACCAGCUGAAGAACUUGCGGUAACGAUAUUGAUUGGCUUGGUGCAAACAAUUAUGUCAUCCAACAGUUCUUUGAAUGUUGAAUUGUCAAAGAAGACGUCUUUUUUGGGUUUGAAACGAUGGGUUUUGCUAGGGAUAGGUGUUGGUGCAUUUAUAGUGCUGAUUCUUUGUAUAUUAUCCGUAUGGGUGAUGUUUCGGAGAAAGUCUAGGAGAUCUCUGGAGAAGCAUUCUAUAUCCCAAAUACCGAAUGUCUCAAAAGAUAUUGAUGUUGACAAAGUUGGAGUGCAGAGUUCUCAUGUUCAACCAGAAAAUGUGCUUAUUCCUGUUCAUGACAAGGCAAGUGAUUACAAUUCAGAUAACAUGUCGCUUCAUUUGGGAAAGAGAAAAUCCGGUGAUCCUGAUAAUAUCAGUCAGUGCAGCUCAAUUUAUCAUCAUGAGAGAGGACUUAGUUCAUUGUCGGCGGAAGAAGGAAGUUCUGGGAAUGCUAAGAAGCAAUCUAUAUCAUCUCAUGGAGCGCUGGCAACUGCCUCUCCUUUAGUUGGCUUGCCAGAGUUUUCUCAUCUUGGGUGGGGCCACUGGUUUACACUUAGGGAUCUGGAAAUGGCAACCAAUCGUUUCUCAACUGAGAACAUUAUUGGUGAGGGUGGAUAUGGGAUUGUGUACAAGGGCAGACUGGUUAAUGAAACUGAGGUUGCAGUGAAGAAGCUUCUUAACAACUUGGGACAAGCUGAGAAAGAAUUCAGGGUUGAAGUCGAGGCUAUAGGACAUGUUAGACAUAAGCAUCUUGUGCGCCUUCUUGGAUAUUGUGUAGAAGGAGUUCACAGGUAAACUUUUUCUUUGUUUUUCAACAAAAGUAUCCACUCCAUGUUAUAUGCACACUCUC